CAAGCGGGGGUUGAUCUCGCGGCGGUUACACAGUGCGGGAAAUUAACGUUAACUCAAACGCCCCCUGCUCAACGGAUUUUACAACGGCUGUUUUUUGGCUGGCUUUUACCCACAGUCAUGUGAUUGUAACGUAAAACCCCUAACCGGAAAACACCGACGGACGACCCUCUCUCCGCCGCCAACGAAUGCAGCGUUUACAAGGAACAGUUGAAGCUGCUGCGAGCCUAGAGGACGGACGAGUCUCCGGUAACAAACAAACAACGGCGACACGUCAAACUCCGUCAGUCUAAGAGAGAGCGCAGGUUGAAGAAUGGAGUUGGCCAACCAUGGUCUUAUCCUGCUGCAGCAGCUUAACGCUCAGAGGGAGUUUGGCUUCCUGUGCGACUGCACCGUAGCUAUAGGAGAUGUCUUCUUCAAAGCCCACAAAGCCGUCCUUGCUGCCUUCUCCAACUACUUCAGAAUGCUCUUCAUUCACCAGGACAGUGACUGUGUGCGUCUUAAGGCUACGGACAUCCAGCCAGAUAUCUUCAGCUACCUCCUCAACCUGAUGUACACAGGCAAACUUGCCCCCCAGCUCAUAGACCCUGCACGACUGGAACAGGGGGUCAGAUUCCUGCAUGCCUAUCCACUCCUGCAGGAGGCAAGCCAGUCCGUGUAUUCCCACCCCGAGCAUAGCAUCAACCUCUCCACCUCUCUCUAUGGCAUCCAGAUCUCUGACCAACAGGUGGCACUGUCAUCCCGACUGCCCAGUCGGCGGAAUCUCUCUUCACCUUUUGAUACUGAGCAGGUUAGCUCAGAAGGGAAGUAUCCAACCAUGCUGGCUGCUAAUUCAAAUACAGAUUCCUUACCACCCAAGCAAGCUUCCUCACCUCCAGAUGUGGAGGCUUCAACCAGUGGCACCAAGCCUGCUGUUGAGGAUGGGGGAAUGGAUGUGCUAAGUCCAGACGGUUCAUCAGCAGGUGCCAUCCUCCAUGUAAAGCCCAGUAUAAUGAAGAGGAGUUCCUCCUUUAGGAAGCAUUACUCCUGUCAUCUCUGCAGGAGUCGAUUUACCCAGAGAAGUCUCCUGAGAGAGCACCUCCUGCUGCACACACAGGCUCUUCAGCAGACCCUGACAGAGCCCAGCAAUUCACUCUCACCUGUCAUAGCUAAAGAGCAUGGACUGCCACCUGAGGGGAUUCUAAAGGGAAGCAAGGCUGGGUCAAGUGCCUCGGCUGCACCGAUGGCGGUCGAGAUUAUUAGCGACAGCGAGCAAACCCCUGUUUCAGGUACCAAUUCGGACUCUCCUCGAGCAGAGGUGUCCACUUCUAGCUGGGGAGUAGGAGGGUUAAAUUCUCAGGCCGACACACCUCCUCCUUCAGACAUAGCGGACAUUGACAACCUGGAGAGCGCUGACGUGGACCGGGAAGUGAAGCGACGGAAGUACGAGUGCUCCACCUGCGGCCGCAAGUUUAUUCAGAAGAGCCACUGGCGUGAACACAUGUACAUCCACACAGGAAAGCCCUUCAAAUGUAGCACUUGUGGUAAGAGCUUUUGCCGUGCCAACCAGGCAGCCCGCCACGUGUGCCUAAACCAGGGAGCCGACACGUACACCAUGGUUGACCGGCAGAGUAUGGAGCUGUGUGCUGCAGGAAGAGGAAGCUGAGGCAGUUCCGGAGGAGACAGCAUGUUGCGAGAUGAGUUGCCUGUGCUAAAUUUGAGCUAAGAGGUACAAACAGUUCCUCUGGACGUGCACAAUAGAGUUGUUUCUACAUGGCCAAGAAUGAGAUGCUGAUUUUACAAAUCAGGUAUAGAAUAAAAUUUCAAGCUAAAAGCACACAGCCCUGCGACAAUCUGUGCUCUUAUUUGAGUAGAUUCUUAAUAUGCAUCAAACUAUGUUUGUCUUCCAUUAGUCUACCUGUGAGGGCUCAGCGGAUUGAACACAUAAUCGCCAUUAAUUCUCAGCAACGAUUUAGUUUCUUUUCUGUUUUGCGGCCUGUGAUUGGGGUUCCUGUGUCAGUCCUGUCACGCCACAAUAAAACAUAAUGUGUUUGGCUACCUUAAACACAGCAGUUGACAUGUCUACAGCUGUGCCACUUUGAUUUUUGUGUGUGUGUGUGUGUGUGUGUGUGUGUGUGUGUGUGUGUGUGUGUGUGUGUGUGUGUGUGUGUGUGUGUGUGUGUGUGUGUGUGUGAGUGAGAGAGAGAAACAUAUUGUAUAACUUUUUAGUUUCUGAUUGAAGAAAUAACAUGAUCUAUCCAGACACACAGACCUAGAUGAAAGGCUGUACAAUAUUGUACAUCUUUAUAAUUCACUUGGAUCAUCUCCUAAAAGUCCUUAAAUUUUGUCCUUAAAUGUUUUUUUUAUUAAUAUUGUUUUAUAUACUCUGCUAUACUUGCAAAGAUAUUAUAUUGCAAAGAUGUGUGUAUAUUAGUAGAAAAAUAAAUGCAUAUAGGGAUGGGCAUGAUAAAUGUAUUUUUCCAGAAAAAUUAGGCUCUGAUUAAAAAUAUGGGAUUUUAAGCCUCUUUGCCAAAUUAGUGCUAAUUACUGACAUUUUUUGGAAAUCAUUUUGUGAAAAGGGAAUUUAUUUGGGGAGUUGAGGGGUUUUUCUUUUUUCUUUUCCUUUUCAUUCUUUAGCUCUGUCCAUAAUUAGAAAACAGUAGUGGCACCAACACUUGUCCUUCCUAGAAAAACCUUGAAGUUGUUUAAGCUGACCUUUGGAUACAGGAAUAGUUUUGCAUUAAUAAGAAGUAUGCAAGAUGUAUGAAAUAACAGGGUUAUAUAGUUAUAUGGAAUUAUAAAAUGUGCUUUUCUUCAGUUCCUUGGGAUAUCUAAACACUUUGUAUGUACUACUGAUGACUGGAACUUGUGAGACAUAUUUGAAUAAGUGUGGAAUAAAUGUGAAGCCAGGAAAAGUGUUUACUUGUUACAUAAUUUCUCAUACUCAAGUAUAAUAAGUUCCACUGCUGUAAUUUGAGUGAUUAAAAAAUUAUUAGCGAGCACAUUUUCAUUUCUCUUUUGCAAACCUGAACUCCAUUUUAACUGUGAUUAAAAAUGUACUCUUAGAAAUAUGUUUAAUUUCUGUCCUUGCAUAUAUAUAUUUUUUAAAUAUUGUAGUGAAGUCAGUGCAGGGUGCUGUGUAAACAUGUCUCAGUAUUUUAUAAUGUUCCUUCCAGCAGGAAAUUAUUCAUUGUUACAAAAUUGCCUUUUUAAUUUACUUUUAAUUGGUUGUCUUUCUAAAUUUCUCAAAUAUGCUUUUAAGAAAUUCCUGUGUAUAGGAUAAAUAAAGUAUUUCCAGCCUGUUUCUCAUGAGGUUUAAAACAAACAAACAAAAAAACAAACAAAAAAAAAAACAUACUGUACUCGUGCUUUCACAUAUCUUUGGCAUUUCUGUGACAGUUUAAUGAUUUUUUUGUUUCCUGUUAUCCUCUUCUAUGAGGCAGUAGUGGUGGUAGUAGUAGAGGCUAAUUUAGCAGUUUAGAAAUAUGGGAAGAAAAUACAACUGCAAACUAACACAGCUGCACUGCCUUUGUAAAAUACAUGUUUUAAGUGCCUACAUAUUGUAAUUAUUUUAGGAAUCAAUGAAAAUACUAAAAAUGCUCAUCCCUAUUAUGUUUAAUAUGCUUAGUCUGUUUUUUUUUUUUUUUUUUAAUAACCCCAGCUCUUGAAUUUGUUUUUAAAUUUGUUUGGGUCUGUUUUUCCUUCCUGAGUAGCAGAAAGCAGUUGCCGCUUUGAUGCAGUUGGCCCAGUGAUUAGCUAGAUGGCGCUGUUUGUCUUUACUGUCUGCUCAGGCCUAACAAGGGGAAAGCUAUCAAACUUAAAACAGUGAUAUUUAUACCAGUCUGACUAUGUGGUUGCCAUUUACAUGACCUGCUUUGCCAUGAAUUAUCAUUGUCAUGUUAAUAAAAACACAAAUGUCUGUGAUUAUGUACUUGUGCAAAUGUUCAGUCUUAUAACAGGGAGCGGUUCUUGCUUGUCUGUCUCACGUGAGGCAGUUGAAAUGCUGUACUACUGACAUUCAUUUCUCUGAGCUACAGUUAAAAAAAAAAAAAAAAAAA